AUGGGUCUGUUUUUCGUGCUUCGAAAGAAGAAGGCUAGUGCUGAAUACUGGCCAAGAUUGACUAAGGAGAAGAAGAAGCACCCUUUUAUCAAAACUGACUUUGACAAGUGGGUCGAUGAAGAUGAGCAAGAUACUGUUGACGAUUCCGAAAACCUGGCUGGUGGUAUGGGAAUGGGAGGUGGUGAAGGUGGAUUCGACUUCUCUCAAUUGGCAGGAGGUGCUGGUGGUCCUGGUGGCUUUGAUUUCUCUCAACUUGCUGGCCUUGGCGGUGGUGCUGGUGGAGCUGAUCUCAGUGGACUAGGUGAAGAUGAGUUAGCUUCUCUUCAAGCCGAAUCUGGCGAGGCAGAUGCUACAGAGGAAGUGGAGGAGGUUACUGAGUCAAAAUAA